CAUUAUAUUCGUCGUCAAGUUUUCACAACGUGCAACUCGGUUCAAUGUUUGGUGGCAUGAAGAGAUUUAGGGGUGCAGCAGGUGGAGACGUGGAGAUGCUCGACAGCAUGGCUCACGCGCUGAUGCUGCUCUCGCACGGCCGCACGGGCGGCGCCGCAGGCGGAGAGUUCUUUGACGCCUCUGCGCCGUCGGCGCCGGCGCGGGUCUUCGAGUGCAAGACGUGCAGCCGGAAGUUCACGUCGUUCCAGGCGCUCGGCGGGCACCGGGCGAGCCACAAGAAGCCGAAGAUCGCUGCGAGUGAUGGCGGCUGGGAGGCCGCGAGGCCGAGGGUGCACGAGUGCUCCAUUUGCGGCCUCGAGUUCGCCAUCGGUCAAGCCCUCGGUGGCCACAUGCGGCGCCACAGGGUGGUGAUCCCCGAGGGAUUGGCGCAGGGGGCGAUGGCCGACGAGGGGGAGAGGCGGAGGAGGAAAACAGAGGAGAAGAGGGCGCUGCCGUGGCUGGACCUCAACGUGGCGCCGACGCCGACAGCAGAGGUAGCGGCGGAAGCCGCCGCCUCGUGCCGGAAGAAGAUUUUUGGGUUUGAGCUUGUAGACACCACGUCGGUGGCGGUGGAUUGCUUCCGCUGACCCUUCUCGAGUUAUUCCUUGAUUUAUACAUCCUUUUUUUUAAAAGAAAAAAAAUUCACUGUGUAUACGAAUUUGUAUUUAUUUUCUUAUUUACAAAGUUUGUAUUUUACGAAUAAAUGUUAAUGAAAAUAAUGCUGCUUUUAUUUUAUGGCAAAAA